CCAGCUCACCAGUCGGCUUUCCUCAGUUACUUCACCGAGAGACUGACACACACUCUCUCUCACAACACCCGCGCUACAACAGUGUGUUAUAAACCUUCUUUUAAUAGGUGAUACUCUGGUGUAAGCCAGAGCCCCGGUGUGACGGUGGUCUGGUAACAGUGACAGUAAUUAUUCCGUCCCUCGCUUGGCAUAACCGGAAAAAAAUCAGUACCGAGUGUUGGUUCAAGUGAGCUCAAUGUGGUGUGAAGUGAACCAUUAAGAAAAAGGGACACAGUUGUUCUUGAUUGACGUUUUAUCGCUUUGAAGAAAAUACAGUGAACUCUUGGAAGAAAAUAGAUGAAAAACCUGGAAGAGAAAACGUGAGUGGUCAGAUACAAGUCCGUAGCAGAGGACAAAAGUGCAUUAUAUCGACAAGUCCCUCAUCAUUCACUCAAUAAGAACAACUUAAUUUACGUGUUCACCACCUUCAAGGCUUCCAAUCUACAAAUAUACGCUUAAAAAACCUCCCAAGAAUUGUUUGAGCUAAUAUCAAAAGGUGAACACACACACGCCGCCACCUGCUAUUGUGAUCAGCUGUUCGUGUUUGUUAUUGUUGUGGAGGUGAGGCUGUGUGGCGUCGUCUGUAACCAUGGCAACGGCGGUGGUGAACGGGGAGGAUGUGACGGAGAUGGGCCGUGUCUCUUCCUUUAAGCUGGGCGAGAAGGUGGUGGAGGCCUCAGCUUCAGGGUUUAAGGACAGGACCAAGAGGCGGUUCUCCUUACCCGCAGGACCACGGUUCGACUCCCGGCGCUCCUCAACAGUGUCCAUCUGCUCUUCUACAUCUUCCUAUACGGGGUCCAGCAGUGAGGAGGAUGAAGUGUCUCCACGAGAGAAGAACCAGAAGAACACUAAAGGUUCUAGUGACUUCUGUGUCAAGAACAUCUCCCAAGCUGCCUUUGGACGGCGGGAGAUUGAGAUUGCUGAACAGGAGAUGCCUGGGAUUGUUGCCCUCCGUAAACGUGCUGCUGAUGACAAGCCACUCAAAGGUGCCAAGAUAGUUGGCUGCACUCACAUCAAUGCACAGACUGCGGUUUUAAUCGAGACACUGGUAGAGUUGGGGGCCAGUGUGCGAUGGUCAGCUUGCAACAUAUUUUCUACUCAAAAUGAAGUUGCUGCUGCCUUGGCUGAAGCUGACCACUCCAUCUUUGCUUGGCGUGGCGAGAGUGAAGAAGACUUCUGGUGGUGCAUUGACAAGUGUAUCAAUACUGAGAACUGGCAGCCUAACAUGAUUCUGGAUGAUGGAGGUGAUGCCACUCAUCUCAUGCUGAAGAAGUACCCAGCCAUGUUCAAGAUGAUCAAAGGAAUCUGUGAAGAGAGUGUAACUGGUGUUCACCGCCUCUACCAGCUGAGUAAGGCAGGAAAGCUUACUGUACCUGCCAUGAAUGUCAACGACUCUGUUACCAAGACCAUGUUUGAUAAUCUAUACUCCUGCAGGGAAUCCAUCAUUGACAGUUUGAAGCGAGCAACUGAUGUCAUGUUUGGAGGAAAGCAGGUGGUCGUCUGUGGAUACGGUGAAGUUGGAAAGGGUUGUUGCCAGGCUCUUAAGGGUCUUGGUUGCACUGUAUAUGUGACUGAAAUUGAUCCAGUUUGUGCACUGCAGGCAUGCAUGGAUGGUUUCCGUGUGAUGAAGCUGUCAGAAGUCAUUAGACAGGUAGAUAUCUUGGUGACAGCCACCGGUAACAAGAAUGUGGUGACCCGUGACCACAUGGACAAGAUGAAGAAUGGAGCCAUCAUCUGUAACAUGGGUCACUCUAACACUGAGAUUGAUGUUAAUUCUCUCCGCACCCCUGACCUGACCUGGGAGAAAGUCCGUUCCCAGGUUGAUCAUAUUUUGUGGCCCGACGGCAAGAGGAUCAUCUUAUUGGCUGAAGGUCGUCUCGUUAACCUCUCCUGCUCAUCUGUCCCAUCGUUUGUUGUUUCCAUCACUUCUUGUACUCAGGCCUUGGCACUAAUUGAGCUCUUCAAUGCCCCAGCUGGACGCUACAAGUCUGAUGUUUAUCUCCUUCCCAAGAAGAUGGACGAGUAUGUGGCCAGUCUCCACUUGCCAACAUUUGAUGCCCAUCUCACAGAGCUGUCUGAUGAUCAAGCUAAAUAUAUGGGCUUAAACAAAGCUGGACCAUUCAAGCCUAAUUACUACAGGUAUUAGUCAUGUCUGUAGAAGAAGAGCGGUAUAUGGUAAUUCCAUAGGACUGUAUGCCAUUGGUGAUGUUAGCAAGUUAUACUAGUUGUAGCAGAUGGCAUACAUUUGGUGGAAGACAAAUGGAAGACAAUAUUUCACCUCUCAAAAAAAUGUGUGUUAUUGUCAGGGAUUUUGGACUUCAGAAGCAUUUCUCGUGUAUAUUUUUUCUUGUUACAGCAUAAAUGGGUUGUAUUGAGGUAUCCAGUUCUCAUUGUCUUAAACAUUACAUAUUUUGGUAGCUACAUAAUGUCAUAUGUCAUCUGCAUAUAUUAAGUGAUAACAUCCUAGUUUGCUUUGAGAAUAUUACAGCCAGAAAUUUACAUAGAGUAUGUGAUAUCUAUAAGGAACCUUUUGAAAUGAGAAAUGUUCAGACAUUAGUUUAAGUCUCUGUAAAUAUUAAAGCUUGGGUAUAAACUAAAGUUUGGAUAAUAUUAAUAGUGCUGCAGUUAUUAAGGUUUUAGGGAUUCCUAUGAUCAAUUCCCGAACUUAAACCAUCAAUCACUACGUACCUGAUGACAUAAACUGCCAAUCAGCUCACAGCAGUGCUCAGGUACAUUACAGGGGGCGAAACAACCUGUAUUAUAUCGCAUCUUGUAACAGAAUACAGAACUCCUUUGUGUGAAGCAAAUGUGAUACUACUUAGUGAUUCACUCAUCAGUGCAUAGCAGUUUUAGUCACAUUAUUUAUUUAUAUUUUCAAAAUUCUUUCGCCCCUUGCAUUAUGGCUAGCAGAUGAUGUUUAAGAUAUGAUUAUUGUUCACCAGCAUUGUCAGCUUCCCUCUUGCCACAAGGAUAGACGUUAAUGAAAGGCUUAUAUAUGAUAAAUAUAGUCAUGUAUUUCUAGUGGAGUAAGGAGGCAUGAAAUUUUAGUUGUUGUAAUUUUCAAUAAGGGCAACACAUGAAUUACUAACCUCAGAGGGGAUACUGAGAAUGAUGAUUUUUUAAUUUUAUAAUUCUAGCUAAUGUAUAAAUGAGAUUGUCCAUGGUCAGUGAAACCAUUUUGAAUCAUUGACAUACUUAUAACAUUUUUAUAUAUAAUUAUAAACUUCAUUUUUACUGAUGAGAUUGAAUAUUUUCCCAGAUCAAAAUGCUUGAAACUAUGGAUAUGUUUUUGUAUUAUUAAAUUUUCAAAGAGUUUGCCUGUAGAGGAUUGUCACUUUUAGCUCCUACAUGCUCUAGAAUCUUGAAAAUGUUUAUGUAAAUCAAUAAUCAACUAACUUGGAUCUAUUGUGAUCAUGUCAGGAACUUUUCUGCAGUGUUGGCAAGAACUUUUUGUUGUUGUUGCUGCUUCAUUUCAUCUUUCUGUGACGAGACAAAGUUAACAUUGUCAUCGUAAGUGUUGGUGGAUAUGAUUAUGAAAAGGCACUAGGUAAUCAAAUACUAGUGUAAGUAUUAAACAUGGUCAAAUACUUCCUGCCUCAAGGUUUAUUUAAGGAUGUUGGUGACAAAACAAACCAAGCUUAUGGCAGGUUUUGUUCUAUAUCUAAUAGAUCAACCAUGUCUGUCUUAGAGUCUGCCUGUCUUGUCUGUGAUAGUUUUAGAGGUCAGAACCAGUUAACAGAGUACCAGAGGCCAAUAUAACCACAAUAGAGAAAGCAUUUGUUUAUCACUAAGGUGAUCUGCAUUUGCAAGAAAUUCACUGCCACUAUUGACAGUGUUUUAGGUAAGUCUUAUUUCACAAGGCUACUGUGUUCAUUUCAGUCAAGCUGUCGCCCCAUAUUAGCAACUUGUACUUGUAGAAAGAGCUUGCAUCAGAAUUUCUUUAUUAGUAUCUUUCAACCAGAUCAUAUACAGUAUAUAUAUACAGUAUAUAUAUAUACAGUAUAUAUAUAUAUAUAUAUAUAUAUAUAUAUAUAUAUAUAUAUAUAUAUAUAUAUAUAUAUAUAUAUAUAUAUAUAUAUAUAUAUAUAUAUAUAUAUAUAUAUAUAUAUAUAUAUAUAUAUAUAUAUAUAUAUACCAGACUUUAUUGUGGAACUUGGUGAUACAGCAAUAGGAAUAUGCCAGUCUUUAAUCAAGUUAGGUCAAAUACUGUUUAGUGGUGUAUUAAGGAUCUCAUUCUAAAUUACAACCAUAUAAAUAAGCCAAGCAAUGUACUAAUAGGAAAUUUAAAGCCUCUGUAAGCAUACUCAGAUGUUGACCAUCAUGCAGAUGCCCCACUUAGGAACUUGAGGGGCAGUGACAGCAUCUUUUUUUUGAUAUGCUUCUAUGUGACAUCAAGAAGGUCAUGUUGUUGCUCAGUUAAGGCCUGACUUUUGAAGCAUUAUGUGAUAUUCUCUAUGUACUUGAAUCAUUAUUUGGUGCCUGGGAUAUAGUUCAUACCUAUUGCCACAACAGUCUGAGGAGCAUUUACCUACACUAUCACAUGGUACAUCAGAACAUAGGCCUUAUCAUUAUUGUUGUUGUUACUGCUGUUACAAGCGCUGCCAUCACAAGCUCAUCAUUCAUUGAUUCUCGGAUGGUGCUGUCAAGACAAUCAUUUGUGGCAUCACAUCCUCCAUACCUUAGGUAUGCCUCAUUUACUUCACUGGCUUGGUUUGGCCAAACUUCAAACAAAUACCAUUUUGCCAUUUGGGAAUGAGGCAGUAAUACAGCAUGGCUCCUCCUCCUCCAAUUUUUUCAUGUGGACAGGAGAAUGGGCCUUGUUUGUUCCCUGUGGUAUGGUGGUAAUUAUUGUUCUUUACCUGAUGUACCUAAAGACAGAUCAUUUACAUUCUUAUCACCAAUGAAAUUCUUUAGUGUUAUUUAAAUGAGAAUGGUGAAUUAUCUUUGUCCAUUAGUUAACUAAAUGCCUUCACAGUUUAAAUUUUUUUUACAUGCAUGAAUGUGGCCAAUACCUAACUGAAAAUGUAUUUGUGGAAGAUAGCGUGGACACAAAAAAUUACAAUUCAAUUUGGUGCUCACUUUUCUGGAGGUUUUGUCUCGUACAAUAUUAUUGGAUGCUCUUAACAACCCACGAACUCUUCCUUUUUACAUUUCAGUCAAUAACUGAUCCAAAUUAUAGAUGAUUAAGUAUUAGUACAACAUGGAAAGUGAAUGGUGGAUCAGUGAUAGGAUGAAUUGUCUUCAUCAUACAAUAAGAAUCAGACUUAACAUUUACCAAUAAUUCCGUGCCAUUGAUGCCAGCACCAUGCCGACCUUUUUCAGCAUGUUUUAUCUCUACUUGAAGCAAGGGCUCUGUAAUAUAUAAUAACAGACUACAAGACUGAGUAAUGUUUCCGUAUUUUAGUUUAAUGAUGUUUUAAUGUUUUUACAUGUACAGUACUAAUAUGUCCAUCAUUAAAGCAUAAUUGAGGUAUAUUUAAGACCCCUUCAUACACCUGUGUGAGAGAACCAUCAUCUGUGUUGGUACCGAUUUGGAGAACAGCAAAGUAAGAAACUGUAAAGAGACUGCCUAUUAGUAAAUUGCAAAAGGCUUAUCUAUCAAUCUUACUUUUAAAAGCCUAGGUUUUAAAAUAAUUUUAAUAUUAAUGUAAUCUUUAAUUAAAUUUUAUUGACUAUUUUAAUCAACAAUUAAUUUUGGCAGUUAUCUUGGAUAAUUUUUAUUUAUUUAUUUAUUUUUUUAAAUAUUUUUACACUUCUAGGUAGUCUAUGCAAAGUUGAUAUUGGUGAAUCUGAAGGAUGUUGAGAGCUAUAGAGUCAGGGCAAUCAUAUAUGUACAAAAGAAGAUUAUGAUGAUCAGUAAUGCUCGUGGAUAUUGUUUUUUUGUACGCUGUUUGAUGUCCUCUGGAUGUAUGACAAAAUAACAUGAGACUAACCGGGUAAACAUCCUACAGUAACUAACAUCAGUAACAUGAAGAAUAUACUAAACCUUGUAACAUAGUCUCUGUAAAGAAAACCAAUGACUAUUGAAAGUGGAGCACAUGACACUGUAGGUGCUGAAUAGUUUCCUUGGAAAUUACAAAGCCAUCUCAUGCCAGGGCACAGGCAAGGCAUGAGCUUGAAAUAGCAUAUAGCAACAAGGAUAAGAGCAAGAAAAGUAAUUGUAUAUUUUCAGUUUGUUGUGCACAGUGGGUGAGAUAUUUAGUGUACAAUCUGACAUUCCAAACACCUUGGCAAGUUAUGGUGUUUAAUUAAGUAUUUUGGGGAUCUCAUUGGUGCUUGUUGCAGUCUCUUGAUCUUCAGUACAGUACCAGGUUUUGUUUGAUUUUGACAUUUAGAAAUUGGAAAUAUUGAAUAAGUUUCUAAAGAAAAGUGAAAUUAGGAUUAUAUAUCUUUUUUCUUUCUUUUUUAUUAUUUAUUUGAUAUACCGGACCUAACAUCCUCAGAAUUAGAACUUUUAACGUGAUAUGUUUGCCCUUUUGUAGUUUCAAAAUUGCCUCUACUUUAUGUAUAGUAUAUUAGACUCACCCACAUGCAUUUUUUCUAUUGUAUUUGGAAGACUUCAUUAUGAUGAUAAAGAAGUCCCUAUAACCUACAGAUUAUGUGAGAGUUUAGCCUCUGGAACAUGUUCUUACUAACUUAUAAUGUAUCUAUUCAGUCCUGUUAAAAGUUGGCAAGGGUUAUAAAAUUGUAUUAGUUUGUAGAAA